UACCUCUUUAUAUUAAUAGUAGGCUAUGUUAUGGAUUAAUAUUUGCCUAUUGGACCUACAAGCAUUCACUUUAUAUUUUGUUAUAUUACUGUAAGCCAAGAUUGUAUAUCUGUAUAUCAAUAUUAAGAAUUAUUUGGGUAACCCAUUUGCACACCUAAACGAAUAAUUGCUAAAUUAUCUCAAUUACAUUUUUUGGAAACUUCUAAUUAUAGAACUUAUCGAGUAAGUAUUGUUUGAAUGUGUAUUGCCUAUUACAUACCUAGACUAUUUUAAGCGAUCUUUUUUACUGUACUCAGAUGUUUUUGAAUUCAAAUACUCUGUCUCAGCAGUAGCAUAAUGGAGGCAUAUUAUAUCUAGUUUAUAGCUAUAUAAAAAAUGUAUGAAUUUUUUGUCUCAAUAAUAUUUUCAUGUUGAUUACCAGGUUCAUUGUUUGGCACAUGAAAUCAAAGACUGAACUAUCUUAUUUCUUGUUUACCAGUUUAUUCAAAUAGUUUAGAUAUUGUAGUAUUCUGUAUUGUAAUUCACUUCAAUAUUGUAUUGUUAGAUGACUUCAAUGUGCUCUAAAACAAGACAUGCAAUGAUAAAUACAUAAAGUAAAUGUUUUUUAAUUGAAUAAAUAUUACUUAAUUAAAGCACCUAUAUAAAAUUAUAAUACCUAUUUUUUAGUAAAAUGCCCUAUUACCUUUUUCCUUUUUUGCAUGGUUGCCUGUACCUGAAAUAUAAUAUGGAUAAAUUGGUAUAUGUUUCUAAAGUUGAAUUUUGUUGCACAAUAAUUGUUUAGUAUUUGAUUUUUAAUUUCAUCAUGUCUAAUUUUUCAAUAUCAGUCAAGGAAUAUGGUAACCUAUUUUUUAACUAAUUUUUUACUCAAAGAUCUUUAGGGUGAAUUACAUAAGAUUAUGAAGCUUGCAAAAUUCCAAACCUAUUCAGAAAUAAUCCAAUCAGCAAGGGUUGGUUAUGUUAUAAAUGGAAUGUAUUGUACCUUCUUUUUUAAGGAAUGUUCUUAUUGACUGAUUUUAGAUUGGGAAAUAAAAGUACUGGCAUUUAAAAAUCAAAAUUUUAUAUUCUACCUUUCACUGUUGUCAAAUGUUUCAAGUGAUAUAUCUGAGAGAAUUUAUGAAUUGUGUGUAUUUUGCUUUUAGAUUAGGUUUAUUUGAUUUCUAUUAGUUUAUUCAAUAGGCCUAUACCAUAUCAUGCAACAUGAACAGAAGCUUGACAAUGACAGCGUGGCAAGAUACAGUCGCCAACUUAUUUUGCCUGAAAUUGGAGUCGAAGGUCAAAUCAAAUUGAACAAUGCUAAAGUGCUCAUUGUUGGAGCAGGUGGACUGGGUUGUCCAGCAGCACAAUAUUUAGCAUCAGCUGGUGUCGGAACUAUUGGAAUUGUGGAUUACGAUGAAGUUGAAGUUAGUAAUCUCCAUAGACAAAUUUUACAUACUGAAAAAAGAGCUGCAGAUAGGUGGUCAAAAGCUGAAUCAGCGGCAUUUGCUCUGAAUGAACUUAACUCCAAAUGUAAAAUUGUACCUAUAAUUGCACAACUUGAUCGAAAUAAUGCAUUAGAUAUUUUCAAAGAUUAUGAUGUUGUUAUUGAUGCCACUGAUAAUAUAACAUCGCGAUAUCUUAUUAGUGAUACAUGUGUCCUUACUAAUAAACCAUUAGUGUCUGGAGGUGCUUUAAGAUGGGAAGGACAAUUGACUGUAUAUAACUAUACAGAUGAUAAUGGCACAACAGGCCCAUGUUAUCGAUGCUUACAUCCGAUUCCUCCGCCACCAGAAUCGGUAACGAACUGUUCUGAUGGAGGUGUUAUUGGUGUUGUACCUGGUAUCAUAGGAUGUAUGCAAGCUCUUGAAACAUUGAAGAUCAUUGUUGGAAUUCAGCCAUCUUAUCACAGAAAUUUAUUUGUUUUCAAUGGACUUGAAGGUAAUUGUAGAACUGUGAAACUGAGGGGAAGACAGCCAUCAUGUGUGUGUUGUGGUGAUAAUCGAUCUAUUAAAUUAGAUAACUUGCCUGAUUAUACAGAAUUUUGUGUGGGUGCAAAUGACAAGUGCAAAAUGCUCCACAUAUUGAAUCCUGAUGAACGAAUCACAGUAAAACAAUAUUACGAGUUGACUAAAAAGUCAAAGAAGCAUAUUCUAAUUGAUGUACGCAAUCCUGUGGAAUUGGGUAUAUGUUCUCUACCUGAAAGCAUGAAUAUACCUAUUGAUAAAUUAAAGACCUUAGAUGCAUGUAUGGUGAAAUCUGGUAAUUCACGUACGUUUCCUGAAAUAGAUAAACUAUGUAACCUUAUAACUGAGUACAGUGUUGAUAAUGGCACAAAAACUGGUGAUACCGAUUCGGAUUUGCCCAAAUUGCCUGUAUUUGUUGUUUGUAGAAUGGGUAAUGAUUCACAAAAAGCCGUAAAAAUUUUGCAGAAAUGUUUAAAAUGUGAUUCACCUGUAAUAUUCAAAGAUUUAAAAGGUGGAUUAAUGGCAUGGGCAAAUCAAAUUGACAAAUCAAUGGCCCAAUAUUGAAUAACGAUUUUAUUAAAUGACUUAUUGAAUAUACAUUAUGUUACAUUGCAUUUUGGUGAAGCUGUAUUUAUACCAUAGGAUAUCAUAUUUGGCAUUUAAAUUCUGCUGAGCUGUGUGCUUCAAAUUUUAUUGAACUAUUGCAUAGCAACUCAAGAUAUGACCAUCAGUACCGAGUAAUAUUGAACAUGAAUAAUCCUUCUGUAGGUAGAGAGAAUUGUAUCCCUCGACUUCGCUGAGUAUUGAUUUUUUUUUGCAUUACAUCCUGGGUAUCAUACACCAUCUGUGGAUUAUCAAUAAUACAAGAGUACCAUUGCUUUUUGAUUAUCCAAUCUGUUGACGCGGUUAUUAUUUAUUCAAUACUACAUUGACGACAAUUAUUUUAAUUGAUUUUCUAUGGAUUGUCUCAUGCAGUGGAGUUAUAUAUAUAAAUCUCUGCUUAUUAAUUUGGAUACUUGGUGAUAUCGUGCAUGUUAUUCGCAUCAAUCUUAUUGAUAAGCAACUCUUAAACAUACUUUUUUAGAGUGUAUUUUGAAUAGAAAAAAAUUAUUUGAUUUCGACCAUCUCUCAUUGUAUCCUAUGAAAAAAUUAUUGAUGCUAUUUUAACCACUUUGCCCGCUACAUUUUUGCUAUUAAACAUUAUAUGCUUCAACUCUCUCUAUCAAUUUUCACUAGGAUAUAAUAGCACUUAUAUUUUGCAACAGGUGGAUUUGGGGUUUAAAAUGAUAAUUUUAGUAUACACAAUCAUACUUCUU